CUGUCGAUUCCCAUGUCAAAUUGACUUUGCCAUCAAUGACCAAACUUCAACUCUGCCCGCGAAUUUUACAUUAUUGAAAUCCUUUAGUAUUAAAAUAUUGAAUUUUGCCUUUAUUUGAAAUGAGUGACGACGACGUGAUUGUUAUGGAGGUAGACGAAGCAGAACCAAAAAUCGAAAAACCGAUAGCGGCGCCAAGUAAACCACUUGGAUUGCUACCAUGGAUAGAAAAGUAUAGGCCGCAAACUUUUGAAGACAUCGUGGGCAACGAGGACACAGUAUCGCGGCUAGCGGUGUUUGCGCGGACAGGCAAUGCCCCCAACAUCAUCAUCGCGGGUCCCCCGGGCGUCGGCAAGACGACAACGAUCUUAUGCCUGGCUCGCGCUCUGCUCGGUGCAGCUUUCCGCGAUGCCGUGCUGGAACUGAAUGCGUCUAAUGACCGCGGUAUAGACGUCGUGCGUAAUAAAAUAAAAAUGUUUGCCCAACAAAAGGUAACGCUGCCGCCUGGUCGGCACAAGAUAGUGAUACUGGACGAGGCAGACAGUAUGACGGAGGGGGCCCAGCAAGCGCUGCGGCGCACUAUGGAGCUGUACGCCAACACGACGAGGUUCGCGCUCGCUGCCAACAACAGUGAGCGCAUCAUAGAGCCCAUACAGUCGCGCUGCGCCGUGCUGCGCUACUCUCGACUCACUGACGCUCAGAUACUCGCCAAGGUUAUAGAAGUGUGCAGAAAGGAAGAUUUAUCAUACACAGAGGAGGGUGUGAAUGCAGUAGUGUUCACAGCACAAGGAGAUCUUCGCGCGGCGCUCAACAAUUUGCAGGCGACAGCGCAAUCGGGCCGCCACGUCAGCCCCGACAACGUCUUCCGCGUGUGCGACGAACCUCACCCCAUGCUCGUACGCACUAUGCUGGAGGCCUGCACGCGACAGGACAUACACCAAGCUUACAAAGUGAUAGCAAAGCUCAUUAAGCAGGGAUAUGCUGCGGAGGACAUAGUAAGUAACAUGUUCCGAGUGUGCAAGACGCUAGCUGUUGGGGAGGACCUGCGUUUGGGCUUAGUUCGCGAAGUGGGCAUGACGCAUAUGCGCGUUGCCGACGGACUCGGCUCCUCGCUGCAGCUGGCCGCACUGCUCGCGCGCAUGUGCCGCGUAGCCGCCGACGCACCCCAUGUCCCCGCCGCCGCCCUAGGAGGCGCGCCCUAGGGGGCUAGUUAUGAAACACUAAUGAAACUAAUAGUGAUAUAGUGUUAUAUUGGAAAUAAGUAUUUGAAUUGUUAGUGCAGUUAAAAAAGUGAUUAAGUGAUAAAAGCAAUGACUUGCACACGGUGUGAAUAAAGUUCUUUCAUAAGAUUUAUAUAGCGGGUGGUUUUUAUGCAAAAGAUAUUGUGUUUUAGUAGAUAGAAUGUAAAAAUUGUUGAAUUUUGGACAGAGAUAAAAAUAUCAGAUGCCAGUCAGUGUAUGUCACAAUCAUAUGACAGUUAUAACU